UAUCCAGAGAAAUUGUCUGCACUCUUUGGUCUCUUCCUAUCCGCUUGGCCUCGCGUCGUCUACUGGAAGCCAUACGAUCGGGUGUAAAAUAUUGCAGCAGGCCCCCGAUUCUUUAAAAUGCAAAAUUUUCUCACAGGAAUAACAGGGAAAUUCAUCCAAAAUGCUCUCAGUGGUGUCGCCGCUUCCCGGCCAAUCGCCUCACUUCCGGCGGAGGAACCGGAGGGUGCUUCCAGUUUUUUGUUCGAGCGUGUGGGAAGUAGAGAAGCCUCCAUCAGACUUUGAUCUGAGGCCGGGGUUACGCUGCUCGCCGCAAUUCCCUGAAAUUAGGGCGGCGAAGAGAGUGGUUUUGGUGAGGCAUGGGCAGAGCACCUGGAACGAGGAGGGGAGGAUUCAAGGGAGUUCCGAUCAUUCUGUACUUACAGCAAAGGGGGAGUCGCAGGCGGAGACUUCUCGUCAGAUGCUUCUUGGUGAUCUCUUUGAUGUUUGCUUCACGAGUCCCUUGAUUCGAUCCAAGAGAACAGCUGAGGUUAUAUGGGAUUCUCGCAAGGACAACGUGAUAACAGAACCAGACCUUAGGGAGAUUGAUCUAUAUUCUUUUCAAGGCCUUCUAAAACAUGAGGGGAAGGAGAAGUUUGGUAGUGCAUAUCGUCAAUGGCAGAAAGAUGCUGAAAACUUUCAAAUUGAUGGACAUUAUCCUGUUAGAGAACUCUGGGACCGAGCUGAGAGCUGCUGGAGCAAAAUUUUGGCUCAUGAAGGAAGGUCUGUGUUAGUAGUUGCACACAAUGCUGUCAAUCAAGCUCUUGUUGCCACUGCGAUUGGUUUAGGAACAAAAUACUUCAGGAUUCUCCUACAAAGCAACUGCGGCCUGAGCGUGUUGGACUUCGUCCCUAGAAUUGGAGGUGGCUCUCCACGUAUAAGUCUUAAUCGUUUAAAUCAGACGCCAAAUUCUCCGGUUUCUCAUGAAAGUUCUGGUGGAAGGAAAACUAACGCGCAGAUUAUUUUAGUAUGCCAUGGGGCCACACAGAGUAAUGAAGCUGCAUUUUCAGAUAUCGGGUUUGAGCCCUUAAAUAUGCUUGGGGUUAUACAGUCUCAAAAAAUUGCAGAGCUACUUUUAGACUUGAAGAUGAGUUGUCUAAUAUGCAGUCCAAGGAUUGCUUCUGCCGACACUGCUACUGCCAUAUGUGAGGUUCAAGAAGCAGCAGAUUGCUUGGGUGCUGACUGUGUUCCUCGUUAUGUAGAGACGAAAAAAAUGCUAGAACUUGAAGUUGAACCUAUUCUUCAGCGGGCACUUAAGAUUUCAAGGAAAUCAAACCCUAUUCGAGUGGGAUGGUUUGAUGACCUCGAUGAUACCAGCAUGGUAGAACUAUGGUCUCAGUCAAGGAAAGCCUGGCUUUCCCUUCUACAGCAAUUAUCAAAUGAUUCAGAAUCAGAACCAGAAUCAGAAAGAAAUGUUGUGGUCGUUGCACACCCUGCUGCUCAUAUUGCACUCAUAGCACAUUGUCUCAAAUUAACCCCAGAAUGGACGGGUUCUUUCCAUCUCGAUACUGGCAGCAUCAGCGUCAUUGAUUUUCCUGAUGGGCCUGAGGGAAAAGGUGUCUUACGAUGUUUGAACUAUACUGCACACCUGGGUAGAUGGUCUAUUCCCGUGACAAGAUCACCUGGAAAUGAUGAGGAGUUCUAGGCUAUGAUAGCAACCAUUGAAUCACUGGUACUCUCCAUUCUCUUUACACUAAAUCAAUUUACUUUGAAACCUUUUGAACUUUAAAGUUUUCCCUGCCAAUAUUUGCAUUGCCAAGUUCAAGUUGAGCUCGGUAUUGUUUCCCGCUUUGUCAAGAUAUAUUAAUUACAUGAAUCUGGUUUAUUGUGUAGAUGCGUUAUUGUUAGGGAACAAUGAAUCAAAUAUAAAGAGAAAUAGUAAAGAGAAUCCAAAAAUAUUCUUACAACCAAAA